AAAAAAAAAAAAAAAAAAAAAUGAGUAGAGACGAAGAAUAUGAUUAUCUUUUCAAGGUUGUCUUGAUUGGUGAUUCAGGUGUUGGUAAAACCAAUCUUUUAAGUCGUUUCACUCGUAACGAGUUCAAUUUGGAAUCCAAGAGUACUAUUGGUGUAGAAUUCGCCACCAGAAGUAUUCAAGUUGAUAACAAGGUUAUCAAGGCUCAAAUUUGGGAUACAGCUGGACAAGAAAGAUACCGUGCCAUUACCAGUGCCUAUUAUCGUGGCGCAGUGGGUGCAUUGUUGGUCUAUGAUAUUUCAAAGCAUUCUACGUACGAGAGCGUGGAUCGUUGGUUAAAGGAGCUUCGUGAUCAUGCUGAUUCAAAUAUCGUCAUUAUGCUUGUGGGUAACAAGAGUGAUUUAAGACAUUUGAGAGCUGUGCCUACCGAAGAAGCCAAGCAAUUUGCAUCUGAUAAUGGCCUUUCAUUUAUUGAGACUUCUGCUUUGGAUGCUACCAACGUAGAUCAAUCUUUCCAACAAAUUUUGACAGAAAUCUAUCGUAUUGUUUCGAACAAGGCUUUGGAAUCCUCUAAUAACACAAUCAAACCUACAAACGGUCAAACCAUUCUUGUAUCUCAAACACCUGAUGAACAAGCUAAACAAGGUGGCGGUGGAUGUUGUUAAGCAUACCUUCAUAAUAAAUAAUAAAAAAAAAAAAAAA